UCGUUCGAGAAAUGGUGGUGUGAAACACAUUGACGGUCCGGAUUGCGCGAUACCGGUUGGUUUGGAUACGGUGGUCCCUGUAUAAAGUUUGUACUUUGUAUUAUACGCAUUGUACGGGAUGGCGUGGCAAAGUAGAGGUGAUGACGUGUGAUCUUGCGUGUCCGUUCCGGUAGCCUCCGUGUCCCUUGCGUGUCCCCUCCCAGUAUAGAAAGGUCCCCCGCCGCAUCGCCUUCUCCGUCCCCUUCCAUUUCCCCCCAACCGCCCCCAAAUUUGGCAAAGAGCAGAGGAGAGGGGAGAGACAGAAAACCCUAGCCCCAUUGGACCACAUCCAUCGCCGGCGAUGGAGAGGAAGGGUAGCAAGGCGGCGAUGGAGAAGGAGGGGAGCAAGGCGGCGUCGGCGUCGUCGGCCGCGUUUGCGGUGCUGCAUGCGGAGAAUGCGGAAGCCGAGGCGUCGGCGACGGCCUCGGAGGCUGAGCUGCUGGUGAAGGAGCCGGAGGUGGAGGAUCUGAAGGAGGGCGGCGCGCAGGGUUUGGUCGCGGCGGCAGAUCUGUGGAAGUCGGAGGCAGAAGCGGCGGUUGUCGCGGAAGGAGUGGCGGGAGCGGCGACGCCGGUGCUGGCGGAUGAUGUGGACCAGAAGGCGGAGGCUGAGGAAGGCGUCGCCGUCCGUGGGCCGGCGGAUGCUGGGAAGGGGAAGGAAGAGGUGGUUGUGCGAGAGGCGGAGGGUGGUGAAGGGUCCAGGAAGCGGAAGCGCAAGGAGGAUGAGGCUGUGCCUGCUGCUCCAGUGCCUGCUCCAGUGCCUGCUCCUGUGGCUGCUCCUGUGCCUGCUCCUGUGCCUGCUCCUGUGCCUGCUCCUGUGCCUGCUCCAGUGCCUGCUCCAGAAGUGCCUGCUCCAGCUUUCCCUGGUCAAUAUGAGCAGUUGGAGGAUUCAGAUGGCUCCCUGGAGUAUGACUCCCAGGAUUCAUGCGAGUCCGUGGACAGCAGGAACAUUGCAUCCUUCUGGACCAAGCUGCUGAAGAAGCUGGAUGCUGGGGACCUCCCUUUCAAGAAGAGGGGGAGGUACUUCUGUCCAUGGCACAAGGUGAAGCCCAGGGAUGGCAUGCUUGGUAGCCUCAGGCAGCACUGCGAGGAGCUAGCCCAUACUGGCAACUCCAAGCAGAUAAGGGCAGAGCAUCAAGGGCUUCUCAUGGUGCUUGCUAAUGAGGAUGCAUGAUGCCUAGUUCCUGUGGAUGGUGGUUGAUCUGUACAUUUGCUUUUGGUUUAUGAUGUUGGAACUACUGGUGUGAGUUGUGUUGAACAAUGUUUGGUUUGCUUUUGAACUGAGUAGUCAGACCAUCUAUUAUAGUGAUGGUCUUAAGUACUGAAUCUGUGUGGAUCUAUGUUCUGUGUUGAAUUAUUAUGUAGCUGAUGAUGCUUAGCUCUGUGUUUCAUUUGGAAUGAUGGUGGUUUCAUGUUUCAUUAAUUUGUCAAUGAAAGCACAGCUCAAGUUUA